AUGAUCAACGAGGGCUAUGGCGGCUAUGGUGUGGGGUUGCACGAGAAUCAUGGAGACAUGGAUGGCCAAGCUGCUUCAGUUUCCAAAGAUGAAGACAGCAGGCCCACACACGAUAGUGAGGCUACAAGCAAAGAUAGCGAGUUGUCAAAUACAGACGAGUCUGAGUCCGCAAGUGAAGAUACUGAUUCGGAUGUGUCUUGCAAGGUUGAAGACAUUGAAGAUGUGCCCACUGUGAGCCUGCAACAUCUACGACAAGCAGAUCCGACAGCUGUAGAGGUCACAGCCAGUGCUUUGAAGCAUCACGGCUUUGCAUGGCUGGACGUUGGAAGCGACAGAUCGAUGGAAACUCCUCACGGAUCAACAGGCGCUGUGGGACUUUCCAACUCAAGUGCUUUGCUUGCCGAACUCGAAGACUUUUUGACCAAGAACGAGCGCCAGGGCAGUCCACAUGCCAUGCAGGGGCACUUCAGUGCAGCACACAAGGAUGGGCUUCGCAUCGUGACCGGCUCGUAUGCCGAGAAUGACUUGCAGUUGCCCAAGACUGUUCAAGAGAAGUUGACAUGCUUGGCCUUGGAGCUGGAUGAAGCACAGAAGGAUGUGAUCCAAGCACUGGCACAUACUUUGCAGUAUCGCAGCGCUCAAGAUCUUGGGGAGCGUUUAGAUAUCCCUUUGCUAUGCCCUGAGCAGGGUCGUUUGCGCCCUUAUGGCCUUUUGGAUGUCGUCCGGUACCACGCGAAUGGUCCGGAAGUGGUGGUAGCUCCUCAUGUAGAUCCGGGCCUGCUGAUCUUAAGCUUGCCAUGUGCUGUUCCUGGCUUAGAGCUGAAGGAUGCCUCUGGAUCAUGGCGUGCCGUUCCACCUGGCCUUGGUGUGCUGUGGGCUGGACAGGCUGCAGCUGGGUGGAGAGGUGGCCUACAUCGUGUGAAGGCUUCGCCGGCUCCACGCUUCAGCGCUUGGCAUGAACUGUGCAGCCGUUCGCAGUUGUGCCCUCCCAUGCUUCAAUUCCUGGAGGAGAAUGCUUUGGAACUGAAGUUGGGAGACACGCGGGGGACUCCAGCAGUCUUGGCUUUGUUGCAAGAACAUGAAGAUCAUCUCAAUGUGAACAUGCUGCAGCGUCGUGGGGUGCCGGUGGGAAAAGCUCCUUUAGCCUUGCGCCGAGCACGCCAGUUGUCGUGGCAGCGGUUUCGGCCUGACCAGCCUCCACGGGUUUGGAGGUUGGUUUCCGGGGUCCGGGGCCGCUCCGUUGGCGUUCCGCACGUCCACAGCGACGGAGGCAUUCAUCUCAUCCAGUGCCCCACCAACCAACCUUGGCGCAGCUACAGGGACUCUGAAGGCGAGGUGGAAGAUGAUAACUUCUUCACCCAGGAGCUUCGGACACCGGUGCAGUACGCUGCGCAGUCCACAGAAGUGGCCUUGGCACCGGCCUUGUCCGUGAUGGCGAGGGCAGUGUUGUGCAUCUCGUGGGUCGUGUUCAGCUGCGCGGCGCAGCCCAGCAGCGGCAUCGAAGUCUACACGGGCCAGGGCUGGCUUUCGGCGGCGAUGGCCGAGGGUGCGCAGAGGGCGGCGGAACGACCCGCAAGAGAGCUUUGCCAAGUGGAGAGGCCCUCGGGGCCGCCGUUGCUGUUCACCUUUGAGGGCCAGAUGAAAUCGAUCGAAGACCUGAUGUCGCGCGUCCUGCCUCUGCCCAGCUUUUGGCUGCCCACCAUGCCCAUCUCCAGUCUCACCACGCGCCUGCAGCGCGCCUACCGAAGGGCGACGAUGCAGACGUCCGCGGACGUCCCUGACGACGCGGCCGACGCGGCGAUGGAUCCGCGCAGUGCGUUGGUGGCGCUGCAUGGCUCUGCGUAUCCCAGCCAGCUCUGUCCCCGGAGCUGCCGGCGAGCAGAGGCCAGCGGGAUUUUUGAGAACAUCUUGGAAUGCUUUCGUUGCCCUGAGCCCACCAAGAACCAGAGCGCUCUGCGAAAGAUCUGCGAAGACUUCUUAGUCGACAGGCGCUUAGAGUUGGCCAUCGUGGAUACUGGGGGACCUGGAUUGGAGGAAUGGUUCGUGCUGGAAGCCUAUUGCCGCCCACGGAGCGUCUUCGUGGUGAAUACCGCCUUCGCGCUGCACGAGGGUUGGAUCCUCGAACGUCUGCGGCGUUCGCGCGGCGCGCGGUGGCACGAGGCGCUGCGUGGUCAAGUGCAGUGGGGUGCCGGGUGGCCUCAGAUGCUGAGCUUGGUGGAAGAGACUGGCUGGAGCUACUGGGUGAACUUUGAGGAAUGA